AUGUAACCUUCCUUCAAAUAUCGAGCUCCAUGUGGCUUAUAGUAUUUCCAAUAGUAAAUCAUUGUAGAAAAUGAAGUAAAUUCUAGUAUUUUUAUAACAGAUUCCAGAAUUAGAUACUUUUGAAGAAUUUUGUAGCAAUAUUCCCGAUUAAGACAAUUAAGACAUAAACUUCUCAAAAUAAUCACAAACUCAAAAUUCAUAAUUGAUUAGGAUUGAUUGUUAAUAAACACAUGAAUCAAAAUCAUCAGAAUUACAAAAAUCAAUUGAUUCUCGAGAAUAAAAGAGUAAAUCAAAAAUAAAAAACCAGCAGAACUAAGGAAAUGAAUAAAUAACAUAUAUGCAAUUUGUUGAAUUUAAUCCUUAAAACAUAAUAUCAGAAUAAACUAAUUAGAGGGUUGAUACAUAAUAAAGUUAAAAAGAUACAAUGCCAGAACCACCAGCCCCAUAAAAUAAAAAUACAACUAAAUUCUGUUUUCCAUCUAAAGGAAGUGGAUUCAACAAUUGUAAAUAAUUAUUUAAAAAUAUAUAGUAAAGAAAUAGUUAUGUGGCAAUUCGGAUAUUUAGAACAAUAAUAGAAAUCAAAGUAAUUCUGAAUAGACUGUUUUAAAAAAUCAAUCCUUAUCAGAAAAUAAGAAUACAAUAGAGGAAGACUUAAGAAAAUAAAUUGUUUAACUGAACAAAGAAAAAAAUUAGAUUUAAAUACAAUAUUAGUAGUAAAUAAAACAGUUAGUGGAGCAAAAUUAAUUUCUAGAAUAAUAAUUGAUUGAAUAAAAGUAAUAAACUUAGACACUGAAUUCAGAUAAAUUGAUUUUAUAAAAAAAAAUCGACAUUUUAUCAAAAAGAUAGAGUGGAGAUAAAAAUAUAAUGGCUGAAACCUGCAAUAUCAAUGAGACUGUGCCAACUAAAUUGACAUAUAGCGAAAAGAUUUCAUAUUUAAUCGAGAAAUUAAAUUAGAAAUGCUAAGAAAAUGCACGUCUCUAAUACGAUAUCUUAUUGUUAUAAAAUAAUGUACAUUUUUAUAAUUAAGCUAUUAGAUUGAAUUAUUAGAAACCUCGAAGAUUUUGUAAUUGACAAAUAAUAACAUAUUAUCUCUGGAUCCAGGCAAAAUCUCUCAUCGAAAUCAUUCUCCUUAAUAAUAAUCAUAGAAUAGAGCAUAAUCAUUAAGUAAGGAUAGCCGAACAAGUCUUCUAACUCAGUAGAAGUAACCAUUGAACAUUACAAUAAACUAUCCAGCUGAAAGUAAAAAUAUAGUAAAUUUGUAAUAUUUGAAUUAAAUUUAGAUCUGCUAUGAUUUCACCAUUAUCCAGAUGUGCUUAAAUUAUUCAAUAAAAAUAAUUAAAUUAAAAGAUUUAAAAAAAUACCCACUAAUUUCAAGAAGAUAUUUAAACCUAAAAAAUACAGUAAGAUUCAAUAUUAUUCCCAAAGCACUAAAAACUCUACAUCUGUCGGAGAAUUAAUGUCUAUGAAAUCUGAUGCCAUCAAUUAUUCCAAUAUAAUUAAUAGAAUUCUUAGAAAGGAAUCAUACUCAAUAUCAUCUCCUGAUGGUAGAGCUACCUAAAAAUUCAAAUAAGCAUUAAACGAAAAAUUAAAUCAUCUACAACAAGACAGUUCUAAGUCAUAUGGCAGUCUACUAUUUUCUUUGGGGGAACACAAACUUAAAGAAGCUAAUAAUUGUUUCAGGCAAAUUUCUCCAAAAAGAGAGAAAAAAAAGUCGAAAUAGUAAUUUUAGAAAACAAUAUACUAGACUAUUCGGUUUUAUGAAUUAAUAAAAUUCGAGGAAGUAGUCAGAUUUAUUAAAAUCAGAAGAAUCUCAUCGCUCUGAUUUAGGAAGAAGAUCUGAAAAGUAUAAUAAAUUAAUUUAAUAAAGAAAAAAUGGAAUUGAUCCAAAUACUGAAAUCAUAUAAUUUAUGAAGGAAAUGCAACAAAAGAAAUCAGAUAGUAAUUUAUAUUAUAAAUUAAUUUUAUAGUCUCGAAAAAUAUUAAAUAAUUAAAUCCUAGUUCACAAUUAACAAGGCCUUUGAUUACUGAUAUAAAGGAAGAAAAAAGUAAUCGUUAAUAAAAAUUUUGA